CUGCUGGCGCUGCUGCCCCGGGGCCCCGCCGCGCUCCCCGCGCCCCGCAGGGCCCCGCGGCACUCGGACGGCACGUUCACCAGCGAGCUCAGCCGCCUGCGGGAGAGCGCCCGGCUGCAGCGGCUGCUCCAGGGGCUGGUGGGGAAGCGCAGCGAGCAGGACGCAGAGAACAGCACGAGCUGGACCACGGCCCCCGACGGCCGCCUGUGCCUGCGCUGGCCCGACUCGCCCGCCCUGCGCGCCUGGGUGCCCCUGAGGGACCCCCUGGAUCAGGCCUGGGCUCCCCAGCCGCCUCCCGGAACCGGGUCUGGGGCCUCGUUUUCGGAGCCGGCCAUCCCUGCUGCCCAGGUGACACGGAGGAGGCCUUGAGGAAGAAGGGACCUGCCGCGGCAGCCGCCACGGCCGCCGCCCGGAGCCGACUGGGGCCUGGACGGGAGGGGGCAGGGGACGGGUUGUAACUGUCACCAAUAAAGAGGAAUUCAGACGGUG